GCGUUAUCUAAAAAGCCUAGAAACUUCCUGCGUUCAAUAUAUUAAUUUACUAUCGUUAUUAUAAAAGCUGGUUCAUUUCCCACUCCAUCACACUCUUAAGUUUACUCAAGGCCCGACCUGACAUUCACUUUUUCGUCUUGCCACGAUCGGUUCCGGUAUUUCAGUAUUUGUUGGUUGUCGAGUAUAGACACUUUCGAAAAUGACUAAGCCAAAAUUAUAUUACGCUCAAGUUAGUCCUGCUGCCAGAUCCACCCUUUUGACCAUUGGGGCUUUGGGCUUGGACGUGGAAUUGGUGCCGGUCAAUUUGAUGGCCGGCGAACACUUGACACCUCAAUUUUUGAAGAAAAAUCCUCUUCACACGAUUCCAACACUAGAAGACGGCGAUUUCACUCUUUUCGACAGUCACGCCAUCAACGCAUAUCUGGUGACAAAAUACGGCAAAAAUGACUCGCUCUAUCCGAAAGAUUUACAAAAGAGAGCCAUUGUAGAUCAAAGAUUGCACUUUGACUCUGGAGUUGUUUUCCCCAGAAUGGGAGCUAUUGUUGGUGAUCUACUCCGAGGUGGCGCCAAAACCAUUGCAAAAGAAAAGGCAGAUCUCGUCUCCCAAGCCUACCAAUCCUUAGAAGUCUUACUCGAGGGUAAAAACUUCGUUGCAGGCAACGAAGUCACAAUCGCUGACUUCAGCUUAGUAUCGACAGUGUCCAGCUGUAACUCAGCUAUUGUACCCAUAGCCAGCAACACUUAUCCCAGGAUCACCGCUUGGUUGUCCAGGAUGCAAGCCUUACCUUAUUACGAAUCCAACCAGAUAAUAAUAUGGUUUAUCCGUGCCUUCUUGUAUUUACCAGAUUUAUUAAAGUUUAUUCUAUACACGACGAAUAAUAUGUCUACAAAAUUGUAUUAUUAUGAAGCUAGUGCGCCAGCUAGAUUCAUUUUAAUGCUAAUUAAAGCAUUAAAUCUUGAUGUGGAGUUGAUUCGAAUUGAUUUAGUAGAAAAAGAACAUCUAAAAGAAUCAUUUUUGAAGUUAAAUCCAACUCACACUGUACCAACUCUAGACGAUAAUGGAUUUGUUGUAUGGGAUAGCCACUCCAUAGCUCAGUAUUUGGCUGACAAAUUUGACGAAAAAGGCACAUUUUAUCCAAAAACCCUGGAACAACGAACCAUAGUGAAUCAAAUGUUAUUUUUUGAGUCAGGUCUAUUGUUUCCGGCUAUGGCAAAUGCUGUUAGGCCCCUUUUCUAUGAUAACGCAACCUCCAUACCAGUAGAGAAAAUAAACGCGAUCGAAAAUGCUUUGGGAUUUUUGGAAACCUUUUUAGGAAGGAACGAGUAUUUAGCAGGUGAAUAUCUAUCUAUUGCAGAUAUUUCUGCUUUAGCUACAGUGAACACAAUAGAAAUUUUCUAUAAGAUAAGUGAAACGAAAUUUCCUAAAGUAUUCUCAUGGCUUGUUAAAUUGAAAGGUCAACAUUUUUAUGAGGCUAGUUUAGAAGGAAUUGAAAAGUUUAGAAAUAUGUUUGUACCACUUUUAAAAUAAAAUGUUUUAAUGGUUGACGAA